UUUCCUUAGGUGUAAUAGUAGGUUUUACCCUCUGGUAUAAGAAGUAAGUUCAUUUCGCAGGUGUCUGUUGCUAGCUUUGGAGUUUCAGCUUUAUCAAUUUAAAAAAGAAUCAAACCUUUAAUGCGACUUGAUAUAUUUCGUAUUACCGUCUGAAUCUGUCAUUCUGAUUCCUUUUGACCAUCGACCAAAUGGAUUCGCCGAGUGUGAAAGAUCGCAUUUUUCAAGCUGUGCGCAACGGAUCUAUCGAAGAGCUUCGUCAACUUUUCAGCGACAAGGAAACAAUAUUGGCGAAUUUAAGUGAAAAAGAUGACGACGAGCGUACACCAUUACUCGUGGCCAUCAAAGAAAAACAAUUUGAAAUUAUUGAUUUCCUCGUCAAAACAAUCAAAGACAACAUCAACAUCGAAGGAAAUGUGCGAUCACAAAACAUCAGAAAAAUGUCUUUGUUUUCGUGGUCCAAAGUCGAUGUAGACAUGUUUUCUAUUGGGCCACCCGAGAAGGACAAGGAGUUCACGCAAACGUUCGUUUGUCCAUCAUCUGAUACUGAAAUUAUUCGUGACAUUGCAAACCAGAUCAGCGUACUCAAAUUAAUGGAAUACCUCAUCGACUUGGAUUACGACGACGUUUCUUGGUUCGAAUUUGUUACAAAUUCUUUUAUAACGAGUUCCAUGCCCCGACCAGAGAAGAUUAUAGCUCUUGAAUUGAUGGGAGCAGCAUUUGUGAUCAAGGAACUGCUUUCAGAAAUUGUGUGGGAAGAACACACCAUCUGUGUCCGGGGACUUCAGUGUUGGGAAAAGGCUUUUGAGCUCCGGAAUUCAAUAACCAACGGACGCUUACCUAUCCCAAAGAUUCUUCAACCUUUGAGCGACGUUGCUCGUAAAGCAAUUGGCGAUGUCAUCGAAGGGACCGUGCCUCUGCAACUGAAAGAAAUGCAGGAACAUUUAACGUAUCGUGACUCUCCAUCAAUGGCAUUUGCUCAAGCUCUGCUCGUUAUACUGCGAACGUUCGGCCAGAGGGACAUUGAGCAUUCCAAGCCAAACUAUUUUCAUUUGAAGACAUUACUGGAAUACGGCAAACACAUUCCAGACGAUGGUUCUAUUCGACUCAUCAACGUUUGUCUAUUAAUUUUAGAACAUUUGAACAAUUAUAACGGCAAUGAUUCUCCAAAGUGUUUACAAAUUUUCGUGGAAGCUUUUCUUUUGUAUUCCGACGUAAUAGUUCGACUGGAAAAAAUCCCAGCCAACAGCACAGAAAGACGAGAAGAAUUGACAUUUACCAAUCUCCUAGCGGCUAUCAAAUUUGGUUCGAUAAUUGUGACCAAAUUGAUGUUUCAUCCUCCACCAAUCAGCAUUCAAAUUCAAGAUAACUGCUACUCAGUCGUUCAAAGGACCUAUGCCUUGAUAAUCACAGUAUUUAAAUUGCACCGUCCUGACCGCGGAGAAAUCGAAAGGUUAAACCAAGUUCUCGGCGGAUACUUCCGUAUCGAAAAACGACGUAAAGGAUUCACCUCUUUUCUGCAUAUGGCAGUCGAAAAGUUUCUGGAAACGAGCAUCGACGAUGAGCUUAUGAUAGCCGUAGAAGUCAUCCAACUGUUUAUUGACAAUGGAGCCGAUCCCAGGAUCAUUGAUUGCGAUGGCAAAACGCCACUUCACUUGCUGGCCGAACGCUGCUCCCCGGAUUGCAAAGAACCAUACUAUAGUGUAUUUGAGGCAGUGCUGGAAGGUGGUGGUCAUUUAGAUCAGGUGACUGCGGAUGGGGUUACAGUCCUCAAAAUCCUUCAGGAGAAGAAGAAACAACUCAUUAGUGGCGAGGUCCUUGAUCCUAGGAUUGAUGCUUGGACUAAUGCUAUUUUAUUGCUUCAGUGCUAUUCCGCACAAAGCAUACCACCCAAAAUCAUUAUGAAAUCGACAGAUGUAUUCCCACCAAACAUCCAAGAAUUUCUAGCCCAGCAUCACAAACCUCUAGUUCUGCAGCAGCUUCCCUUGUUACCUCCGCGAUUUCCUAGUGGCUACCGGGUUGCGGGUUUUCCCAGAUGAAGGCAGUGUGCUACUGGAAGUUUUUGGGGGUUUGGCAUAUCUAGUGCUGUAAAACACUUGUAAUUGAUGUUUGGCUAAUGAAGAAAUGGUGAUAUUGACAAAACAGUUCCAAGAUCCAUUCAAGGUAGCGCAGUAUUCACUGUGGGGGACAGCUGAGGUCACGAUAAGUCACUAGAGGAAAUAAUAAAAUAAAGAAAAAAAAACUAAUUAUAUUAUUGUUUUUCUCGACGUCUGCUUUGAAUUGGGUUUGCGUUGUCCGGCAAGUCAAAACAAGCCACCUAUCAGUUUUUCGUUCAUUUUUUUUUUUUUCAACAGC